AUGGCCGCCCUCAACUUCCGCCUCGCGACCGAGGACGACGCCGCGGUCCUCGAGCAGCUCAUCAACACGGCCUUCCGCGCCGACAAGACGACCCAGGUCUUCCUCUCGGCCGACCACGCCGGCAUCGACGUUACAGACGUCGCGGCCCUCAAGGCCAGCAUCGCCAGCCCGGAGCGCGUCGUCUACGUCGGCACCGACCCGCAGGGCAGGAUCGCGGCCCACGGCUCCGUGCGCCGGCUCGAGGACGGGCGCGCCUGGUUCGGCCUGCUCGCCGUCGACGUCGCGCGGCAGGGGGCCGGGCUGGGCAAGCAGGUGCUCACCUACGCCGAGGAGUACGCGCGCCGCGAGUGGGGCGCCGCGCGGAUGGAGUUCGACGUCGUGCGCACGCGCGAGGACCUGAUCGCCUGGUACGGGCGGCGCGGGUACCGGCCCACGGGCGAGACCGCGCCCUUCCCGUACGACGCCCACGGGGACUGGCGCGGGGUGCUGAGGGACGAUUUGUACUUCAUCAUGAUGGGCAAGGAUCUGGUAGACUCGUCGGUUGCCGAGACUGUGGAGCGAUGA